GGAAAUCCCUUAAAUGGACUUCUCCCCCUUAUCCAUAAACUCCGCUUACAUUCCAUCCUUACAUUCUUACAUCCAUGCCUAAUGAUCAUGGAAUUUCGUUAAUGGGUAAACAUAGUAAGAAUUAUUAAAAGAUAUCAGUAAACAUCAAACAUGGAUGACGAAGAUGAAACUUACAAAUUGUGGCGCAUUCGGAAGACGAUAAUGCAGUUGUGCCACGAUCGUGGAUAUCUCGUCACACAAGAUGAGCUGGAUCAAACGAUAGAACAGUUCAAAGAAAACUAUGGAGACAAACCCAGCGAAAAGAGACCAGCCAGGAGUGAACUUAUCGUCCUUGUAGCGCACAAUGACGAUCCCACGGAUCAGCUAUUCGUUUUCUUCCCCGACGAACCAAAAAUUGGUAUCAAAACCAUCAAGACUUAUUGCCAGCGUAUGCAGGAAGAGAAGAUCCACAGAGCGAUCAUUGUGGUCCAGCAAGGCAUGACCCCAUCAGCCAAACAAUCACUGACAGAUAUGGCACCGAAAUAUAUACUGGAACAAUUCUUGGAGUCAGAGCUAUUAAUCAACAUUACCGAACAUGAGCUGGUACCUGAACACAUUGUCCUGACUCCGGACGAAAAGGAAGAAUUGUUAACAAGAUAUAAAUUGAAGGAAAACCAGCUGAUGCGAAUACAAGCUGGUGAUCCAGUAGCACGUUACUUUGGUUUAAAAAGAGGACAAGUUGUAAAAAUUAUUAGGCCAUCAGAAACUGCUGGUAGAUACAUAUCCUACAGGCUGGUCUGCUAAUGAGAAAAUGGAGACAAAUGGUAUUGAAAACAAAUCACAGUUUUAUUGAGAUUGAAAAUAAAAAUGAAAAACAUCAAUUCAAAACUCUUGCCAUUUAUUGUACCAGCAUGUUUUAUAUAGCAGUAAUCGUCGCAAUCAAUGUUGUACCAUCGUGCUAUACAGUUGAAUUGCAUUACGAAUGUUAUUACUAUAUUAGAAACCAUCUGGCACCGGAUAUUAAAUGAUCAGCAGUUGGUGAAUAAUAAUAUGAUUCUCAUUUUGGUAUAUACGAUCUGUAUAUUUUUUUACUCUUCCCAAUAAUUGUCGUACUUUAAAUGCACUUGUAGGGCGAAUACACACACGUAUAUGCGUAUCUCACUCGCGUAUUUUGACUCACAGUCGAUUAAGAUAUAACUUAAGUUUACGGAAACGACGAUCGUAUAAAAGAUCGCGACGUGCGAUCAUCUGUCGUGGGCGAAAACAUUCAUUUUGUUAUUCUUUAUUAUUAUUAGUAUUAUUAUUAAUAUUAUUAUAUAUUGCUUGGUCCAAAAGUAUCGUGCUAUACAGUAUCCUGAAGUAAAGGUAUAUUAGUAGCAGGAUUUUCUUCUCGAAGCAAUUAUAAUUUGGUUAAUUCGCUAAUUGUUAAUUAUUCGUUAAGUCUCAAAAUAAUUCCACUAAUAAUAUAGAUAUCCUUUUAUAAAUUUCAUUUGAUUGUGAAGUAUGCUUUCAAAUUACACAUUUGUAAUGUAGUCUUUCUUCUCUUUUAUUCUCUUUACCCGUUUCUUUUUAUUUCUUUUUUUUUAAUACUGUUCAAUUUGCUCGUGAGAGAAAAUUCAAUCGAAGGCAUGAUUAGACAAUAGCAGUCUAUCAACGUGAUUAAAUGAGCAACAAUCGCAAAACUCAAGUCCUUUGACCCCAAAGGUACAAGCAAUCCUUACAUUCAUAGAUACUUAGAUCAUUAAGAUACUUAAGCGUUCUCGAGAGAAAUAGGGAGGAGGAGAGUUUCUCUCCCUCGAGUUCCAAUCCAAUACUACUACAAUUAGACAUCCGAAUCUAAUAUUUAUCAUAGUAUUUCAAUCCUAAUGUGUAUAGGGAAAAAACGUCGAGCAUCGUUAGCAAGCCGGCGAAACGACAAGAAAUAUCGAUCACGAGACGCGUUCUCUCUCUAUAUCGAAAUUUCCACGAUUUUCCGCGUUAACGUGUUUAUCGUGGUCAGCUGAUAAAGCUAAAAGCGUACAUUAGCAGGAAGUCUCUCGAACACGAUUAUCGGCAACGUGUACAAGUGAGCGAUGAACCGACCGGUACCGCUCGUUAUUCGACAAGAUAAAACUGUCGCUGCUAGUAGAGCGCGUUAUCUAAAGGAGUUAUCGUCGUUGGGCGCAAGUAAACAAAGCACGAAGCGGCUAUAUAUAAUUAAUAUAAUAUAUUGUUAUUAAUAAAAUGUAACAUAACGCAUUAAUAGUCAUAAUAAUAACCAUAAAAGAUAAUAAUAUUAAUAAUUACACAAUAAUAGGCUACGAAUUUUUUCGUUAUUUAUUAUUUACGCAGUAAAUAAAGGAAGAGUAUAGUUCGUCGAAAAGAAUGAUUAAAAAAAAAAAAAA